AUGGCGACCGCGCGCGCGCGCAGUGGCCGCGGUGUGCUCGAAUCGAUCCGUGAUGCACAUCUCGACCUUGGCGGUCGCGUUCUUGCGUCCGAUCUGGCUCCAGGCGUCGCGCUCCACGAGCACCUCAGCGCGAGGGGCUGCCUCUCGGAGGACGAGCGCCGGCGCCGAGUCGAGUGCAACAUCAGCUCAGUAUUCCACCUCGAGUGCGCCGCGGUGCAGUCUAUGCCUAGUGGCGACUGGUCAUGUCCUGUUUGUUCGAGCAGAGAUGAGGAUGACCACAAGGUACGCAAAAUGCAGGCGUCCCGCCAAGGCGAAGAACGAAUAUCACCGAUCGAUUCGGACAUUUUCAAGUUCAAUUUCGCAGCGGCUACCCAUGUUCACAAAGGCGUGUCUUUAUUCAAUCUUUUGCAGCUCUUGCAAUUAUGGACCCCACAUCAUGUAUUCUCCAAGGUGACGAAGAUAUGUACACUGCUCCACCAGCUACCCGGCAGCAAUGAUGCACGAAAAAUGCCGCUUACCGGUUGGGAAUUAGGAGUACCUCUCUUGUUGCGAAAUCUGGCAGGCGUUCUUGGCCCAACACAAUUGAUUGCCGCCCUGGAGGCACUCGAGGGUCCAUAUAGCUCUCAGUACCGCAUACUGUCUGAGUCAUUUGGUGUCUGUUUGCUGGUUGGACACAAAACUGCAGUGGAGAGCAAAUGUAAGGAGUGUGGCAGCAUUCUUUAUCUGCGUGGUGCAUGUCUGGCGUGCGGACAGGCCCUCCACUGCAAGGAUUUCCAACUGAUCCCGGCGCCGGUGCCAUCUUGUAUUCAGAGGGAAAACCUGCGAUGCUUUCAAGAGCAAAACCUGCGAUGUUCAACGCAACAGCAGAUGUCAACACCCGUGGUAAGAGACCUUGACUUGCUGGAAAACGCCCGUAAGGAACGAAUACUAGCAGGAGUUUCAUACCUGGCUAGGUGUGGCAGCGAUGAAGCAACGUUUGACAAAUUUGGUGGUGAUAUUAUUUUUUUGUUUCGGAAUCUAGUACACUCUGCGGGCGGCAGUGCGAUUCAGUCACACAAUUUCGCCAUGGAAGAUAGCACAGAAGUUAGUACGCAUAUAGCGGGCCACCUGCACUCUCUGAUCAGGCACUGGAUGGCUCAGCACAUCCGGAUUAGUACUGAGAUGGAACUCGAGAGAAUUCUCAACAUGGUAGAAGCACUGCAUGUACUCACUCAGCUCGGCAUAAGUGACAGCGAUUCUCUCCCUUCGUUACAACAAAUGAUGGAAACGCUUACAUCGUUCGCCCACCCAAUUACACACCGCGUUGGUGCCAACUCAAACACUGGUGGACAAGUUAAUGAUGAUAGAGCUUCAAAGCGAACUCUUAGAUCCUUUUGUCUCGGCGAUGUAAAGCGGCGACUUAGCACUGCAAUUCUCAACUUUGAUGUCAGUGAUAUCCUUGGUUGUGACCCAACGGCUGGACAGAUCCCUAAAACAGACUCUCGGCAUUGUGCACAUUGUGGCAAGGAGAAUGCAAGGGGACAAUCAAAUUGUGCCGACUGUAACUCGUUUUUACGUUCAAAAAUUGACUAUGGUUCAUUGACGGAUGCUCUUGUCUGGGGCUAUCUGUUUGAGGAAAUCAGCAUACCUCUCGUGUGUAAUAACGCGGAAGUCUCGUUUGUAGACGUGAUUACUCAUCUGCCGUCCGUCCGCAACUACCAGCGCAUUGAUGAACUCGGUCAUGAUUUUUAUCGCCUCCAGUGCUACUUUGUGACUCAUCUAAUCUAUGUAUUAUCCGACUGGGGUCGUCAUCUCCUCGAACGUUCCCUUUUUGAAGAAGAACUCUCGUUUAUUGUUUCAAAUCUAAUUCAGGUAAUCUCAAUGGAUGACCCCGAACUCACAGGGGAAUUUCUGCAGUGCCUGCGCAUUCUUGGCAUAUCUCGCAAAAGUGACGUGGCAAUAUGGCCUUUAAUUUUACAAGCAAUGAACUACCUCUUGGACGUGCAACAACGAAAUAGUACUCCUGGACUGUGGUCGAAAUCCUCUGACCCGUACGAUCGAUAUCAUACCACGUAUUGCACUACUAUUGGCUUGCUAUCGUACGAUCUUUCUGCUGAUGACGACGGGGCUGAUGAGCCUCCACCGUCGAUCCCUCGUGCUUUUUAUGUUCGAACGCUGUAGCAAACUUACAGCGGACACACCUCAACCCAUAUUGGGACACGACGUAACCAUCACAUGGAUCUUGGUAUUGAAGGAGAAUAUUCUGACCGGGAGCGUGGGGUGGCGACAGCGGGAUCCGUUACGAUUCGUCGAUGGUGGAAUGAAGCACCCCCCCCCGCCCCAGCGCCCCCUUCAAGAGGUGUCACCGAAAAUCAAUGGCGCCUUCCGCGACCCCGAUUGGAGCGCGAUUCUGGCUUCCUACCCGGAUUGGCAACUGGCGGGCGUUCUGCCCUGGAAUCUGGGGCUGGGGCUGCGUUUGAGCACGCCUGAGAGGCGUUGCGUGCGCCGCGACAUUUUCAAGUUAACUCUAAAGGAAGCAAGGUAAACUCCUCCCUCGAAGGGAGGCUGAGCUCAAUUCAAUUAAAGGGCCAGAAUGAAGGCCGACGGGCCGCGCUUGGAUGGCACAGCCACCGCAGCAGGGACGGAGGAGGGUAGGGUAGGGCGGGUGCUUCAUUUGCCAGUGUGCCGAAGGAGGGUGGUGGGCGGGCUAAAAAAAAAAGCCGCGCCA